GUGGAGCUGACCGGCAGCAGUGCGUUUGACUACAUCCACCCCGGGGACCACGUGGAGAUGGCCGAGCAGCUCGGGAUGAAGCUUCCUCCAGGCAGAGGCAUGUCUCUGUCCCAGGGAGCGGCCACUGAAGACGGGACGUCCUCAGCUUCAUCGUCCUCUCCCUCUGAGACACCUGAACCAGUGGAGUCCAGCAGUCCCAGUCUCCUGUCUCCUGAUAAUUCUCUGGAACGAUCUUUCUUCAUCCGGAUGAAGUCGACGCUCACAAAGAGAGGAGUCCACAUCAAGUCCUCAGGAUACAAAGUGAUCCACAUCACAGGUCGUCUGCGGAUCCGGAUGGCUCUGACCCACAGCCGCUCCGUGCCCAAUCAGAUCAUGGGGAUGGUGGUGGUGGCUCACGCCCUGCCCCCGCCCACCAUCAACGAGGUCCGGAUCGACUGCCAGAUGUUUGUCACCAGAGUCAACAUGGACCUGAAGAUCGUUUACUGUGAGAACAGGAUCAGUGACUACAUGGACCUGACUCCGGUGGACAUCGUGGGGAAGAGAUGCUACCAGUUAAUUCAUGCUGAAGAUGUGGAGGGGAUCAGACAGAGUCACCUGGACUUGAUGAACAAAGGUCAGUGCGUGACCAAGUAUUACCGCUGGAUCCAGAAGAACGGUGGCUACAUCUGGAUCCAGUCCAGCGCCACCAUCGCUGUCAACGCCAAGAACUCCAAYGAGAAGAACAUCAUCUGGGUCAACUACGUCCUCAGUAAUCCUGAGUAUAAAGACACGCCCAUUGACAUUGUUCAGCUGCCAAACCUGCCAGAGAAAACGUCCGAGUCCUCUGAGAGCUCAGACUCAGAGUCUGAGUCCAAAGAAAACUCAGAUAAUGAGAAGUCUGAGGGGAAGUCUGCCCAACACGUGGACCACGGCGAGGACCCGGACAGGAAACAGCAGCAGCCCGGACAGUCCCACUGCUCCUCAGAACAGGAGAUGAAACGUCACGAAGAGGGAGACAGUUCCAGUAACCCAGAGAGCCAGGACAGUGAGGACAGUCUGGAGCCGUCAGACGGAGAGCAGGAGGUCACCACAGGAGGAGGAGGAGGAGGUGGAGGGAGGUUGGGGAGAUUAGCAGGACUGGGAGGACUAGAGGGUCUGGGUGCCAUGGGUGGACUGGGCACUUUGGGUGGUCUUCAUAUUAAGGUUGAACACUAUAGAGAUGGUGAGGAGCUCCAGCUGCACAACUCACACACCUCCUCCUCAGAGGAGGAGGAGGAGGARGAGGAKGAKGAGGAGGAGGARGAAGAAGGGGGCGGAGUCCAGGACUGUGACAGUGGUAGUGCCGGCAGUUCGCUCCACAAACGGCGGAAGAGGAGAAAAGUCCAGAAGUGGGACGGCUCACGAAGCAGGAGGCUCCGUCUGACCACCUCUCCCCCCAGCCCUUCAGAGGACCUCACUCCCCCUGCCGACCCCUCAGAGACCACCUCCGCCCACCUCCUGCCCCCUGGAUCCCCCGACAGCACAGGUGCAACGUCCUCGGUCCUGAAGAUCAAGACGGAGAUGGCAGAACCCAUCAACUUCGACAACGACAGCAGCAUCUGGAACUACCCCCCCAACAGAGAGAUCUCCAGGAACGAGUCCCCCUACAGCAUGACCUCCAAACCUCCGGCCGGCGGGGGGCACGAGACCUUCCCUUCACCGCAGGGAGGGUCCCUCCAUGUGGUCAUCCCUGACUCCGUCCUCACCCCCCCUGGGACUGAGGGGGGGGCAGGAGGGCCGAGGAAGCCUGCUUACAAUGGAAGCUCUGCGCCGUCGUCCUCUUCCAGCGCUACCAGUUUAGCUCCGCCUCCUUCCAACUCCUCCUCCGCAGACCCCCUGUCCCCUCCUCUGUCCGCCUCCCCGCGGGACAAACAACAAGGCACUCCCACCACCUCCUCCUCCUCGUCUUCUUCCACCUCCUCGUCUUCAUCCUUAACCAGCUCUUCCUCAUCCCUGCUGUACUCCGGGGACAUCGAGGCGCUCCAGCGUUUGCAGGCGGGUAACGUGGUCCUGCCGCUGGUCCACCGGGUCACCGGGACCCUGGCUCCCAGCAGCAGCACGGCUCCGCGGGUCUACACGACCGGGACCAUCAGGUACGCGCCGGCGGACGUCACUCUGGCCAUGGCGCAGGGGAACCUCCUCCCCAACGCCGCCAUGAACUUCGUGGACAGCUCGGGGUUCGGUCUGGACCCCAAGACGCCCAUGGAGAUGCUGUACCACCACGUGCACCGGCUCAACAUGACGGCCGCGGCAGCCGCCGGCCCGUUUGUGGGGUCCGCGGCACCCGCCGGGGGCAACGGCACCUUAGGAGGCCAGAUGCCGGCGGCGGCCAACGUCUUCACCACGGCCGAGGGGCUGUUCUCCACGCUGCCGUUCCCGGUGUACAGCAACGGCAUCCACAGCACGCAGACCGCUCUGGAGAGGAAGGAGGAUUAAUGCAAAACCUUCAAGACCGCAUUACUGUGUAUCCAGAACCAACAACUGUGUCCGAGCCGACGAGGCGAAAGACUUCUGAAGAGUAAAACUAGUGAAAGAGAAUUUAUGUUGACUUUUAUCAGCACGGUGCAGCACUGUGUUUCUGAGGACAGGAGAGGACGGAAGACGUACUGUAGCACUUUGAAUGGUGGAAAAAUACAUGCCCCGCCCCCUUUUCCAUCGUUUUUCUUUAUCAUCCUUCCCUCUCCAUCUCCCUCUGCUUCCAUUUCUUCUGCUCAACAACUAGUUUUUCUUGAACAACAACAAAAAAAAGCAAGUUUUUCUUUUUGCCUACAGAGAAUUCAUGUUGCCUGAGGAUCCAGAGGAGCCUGAAGGGAUCAUUUUUCUGAUUUGACUCGUUUUGUUGCGUCUUUAUGAAGAUGCUGAUUGUUGUACCUUCAGGAGGUCGGCGCAGGGAUUCAUGACAGGAACUUUGUGCCUCUCCUUCACCACGUCAUCAAAGCUUGAAACAAGGUUUUAAGAGGAGAGGAGCUUUUAUCUUCGAAAAGGGUCUCAGAGAUAAUCUUUCAAAAAGGUUUAUGAGAAUGUUUCUUGGUAGAAGGAAGAGAAAUUAGUUUGUUUUUUAUUUCAUCCUUUUUAUAUGAAAAUAUUCUAGCUCAGAUUUAACUU